AUAGUAGUGAAUCUAUGAACAAAAAUAUGGAUAGCAUUGAUGAGAAUAGAUUAGGGAAGUUUCAAGAAAAGGGUGUUCAUUUUCUUGAAGAAUCAGCAUCCCAAAUGAAAAUGGACUGUAAUAAGGGAAAGGAAAUAGUUGUAUUUGAGGAUCAAAAUGACGAAAACAACAUAUGGGUAGAUAGAGAUUUUCUUAAGUUAAAUGAGUAUAAAGGGAAUUCCUCUAAAAGGGUAGCUGAGAAUGAGGAAAUCCAGGUAGAAAUUAGAGAAAAGAAGCUUAAAGGUGGAAUCUUGGAUCUUUCCUCUAAAAGGGUAGCUCAGAAUGAGGAAAUUUUAGUAGAAAAUAGAGGAAAGAAACUUAAAGAUGGAAUGUUGGAUCUUUCCUCUAAAAGGGUAGCUGAGAAUGAGGAAAUUUUGGCAGAACUUUGUGAACAGAAGCUUAAAGGUGGAAUCUUGAAUCUUUCCUCUAAAGGGGUAGCUGAGAAUGAAGAAAUUUUGGUAGAAAUUAGUGAAAAGAAACUUAAAGGUGGAAUCUUUGAUCUUCCCUCUAAAAGGGUAGCUGAGAAUGAGGAAAUUUUAGCAGAAUUUAUAGGUAAGAAGGCAAAAGAUGGAAUCUUGGAUCUUUCCUCUGAAGGGGUUCUUGAGAAUGAGGAAAUUUUAGCAGAAAUUACAGAUAAGAAGGCAAAAGAUGGAAUCUUGGAUCUUUCUUUGGCUUUGCCUAGUACUAACAGUAGCAGGAGUCUACAAUCACCAGAACCAUCAAAUAACAACACAAGGAUUGGGUAUUUCAGGAAUGGUUCCUUGUCGUCGUGCUAUUCCCAUCCGUUUUCCCACAACCUUAGCUACUCACUUACACUGAGUUCAGAAGAUGAUAGUGAGUAUUCCGGGGAGGGAAUUAAUUGGUCCGGUUUUAGCCAGUUUAGGAAAGUUGAAGCAGGAGAUUGUACAUUGCCAGGUCAUCCUGAUGGAAGUAGAUUAGCUCUAAGUUGUAAAAAGGUCAAUAAGGAAAUAUGUGAUAAUGAUACUGAUAGGAUCAGUAGCUCGGAUAGUAAUUCGUUUUUCCUAUUCGAGUUGCCUUCUAGACCAGUAAUUGAUGAUCAAUCAGGUGAUUUGAGAAUCCUUGGAGAAGUAGUUUCAGAGUCUGUUCCUCUUAUGACUCAGAUUAUGCAAGAGCUUCCUGAUGAAACAGUCGAAUCAACAAAGGAAUACUUGAGAAGCCUAAUUGCAAUUCCUGAGAAUAAAGAUUUGUUGAUCAGCCUUCAGAACAGGCUUAAUGGGAGAUCUGAUCUUACCUUUGAGACUCUUUCGAAGUGUAACAAGACUCAACUUGAAAUUUUGGUUGCCAUAAAAAUGGGACUUGGAACCUUCUUAUCUUCCGAAAACCACCUUCAAACCACUGAAUUGAUUCAGAUUUUUUCUCUUGAAAGGUGUCGAAACAUUUACUGCAAGAGAUUGUUACCUGUUGAUAAUUGUAAGUGCAAAAUUUGUUCGAAAAACAAGGGAUUCUGCAAUGUAUGUAUGUGUCAAGUAUGUUUGAACUUAGAUUACGCCAAUGGUACUUGCAGUUGGGUAGGCUGUGAUCUAUGUGUGCACUGGUGUCAUGUUGUUUGUGCUAUACAGAGAAAUCUUAUAAAACCAGGUCCAAGUAUCAACGGUCCAUCUGGAACAACUGAGAUGCAAUUUCACUGUCUUGGUUGUAGUCAUUCUAGUGAAAUGUUUCGGUUUACUAAAGAAAUGUAUAGAUGUUGUGCAAAGAACUGGGAUCAAGAAAUCCUAAUUAAAGAGCUUGACUAUGUUCAAAAGAUUUUUCAUGGGAGCGAUGAUUUUAAAGGUAAGGAGUUGCAUGCUAUAACUUAUGGACUGCGGAACAAGCUAGAGAAAAAGAUGAUCUCUCCUUCAGACGCCUGCAAUUUCAUCUUUCAGUUUUUUAAAUACACGGAUGGCUUGUCACAUUUUCUUUCAUCAAGUUUUCCGGCAUCUAUCCCUCUUGCUGAUAAAUCUUCCUUCUACAUCAUGAGCUCUUCAAGUAGAAGAAAAGCUACGAUUACUGUUGAUCAUCAUCGUCAAAGUGAUGCCAAGGAUUCGUCUAAGUCUGAUAAAAUGAUCGAGGACGAAUGUUCAGUCAUCAAAGAAGUAUGAGCUCUCCAAGUGAAAGAAAAAAUAUGAUAGUUUGCAAAGCAUUGUGAGGAUCAAAGAAGCAGAAACACUGACUUUCUAAAUAUUUUAACUUCACCAUUUAAA